AUGGUCCUUCUCGGCUGUGCUGCGGUGCUAUCGAAUGGGUGCGUUGUUGCGCCGAAAGGCAGUAUGCUUGUGGCACUCACAGCCAAAGCCUACAAUGUUCCAGUGCUUAUUCUUUCUCAGACAUUUAAAUUUGUGGACAAGGUGCAAGGAGGUGGUCGUGUGGCACUGUUAAAUCGGGAGUCAAUGGAACUGAUACCGUCCGACCUCAUCACAGCCAUUGUGACGGAUAUUCGUGUACUACCACCGAGUUCUGCACCGGCAGUUCUCAAGGCCAAAGCUCUUGACUUGGAGUAA